GGUUUCCCUCUCGUCACCUAAUUACAAAGACGUUGACCGGACCACAGGUGAAUUUUCCUUAGAUCUAGAAUAUGCAGAUGACAUAGUCCUGUUAGGUGAAGACGCUGACAAGAUGCAGAGUCUUCUGAACACUUUGAGUGGGAAUUUGAGAAUGUUUGGGAUGCGAUUUUCACCACCCAAAUGCAAAUUUUUGCUCCAGGACUGGUCUUCAGCGGUACCGCGGUUAACAAUAGAGAGUGAAGUGGUUGAGUGUGUUGACCACUUCACUUACCUGGGAAGUAGGAUCAACUCCGGUGGGUUAGUUGCCGAUGAGAUUUCUGCACGGAUACAAAAGGCUCGAUUGGCUUUUGCCAAUUUGCGCCACCUAUGGCGCCGCCGUGAUAUUCGUUUGUCUAUUAAGGGUCGCGUGUACUGCACAGCAGUCCGCUCUGUUCUACUGUAUGGCUGUGAAACAUGGCCAUUGAAAGUGGAAGACAUGAGAAGGUUACAGGUAUUUGACCACCGUUGCCUUCGUAGUAUAGGACGUAUUCCGUGGUGUCACCAUGUGAGUAAUGCAGAAGUUAGGUGUAGAGUUUUAGGGAGAAGAGGUAAGUCAGUCGACGAGGUUGUGAACCUUCAUCGACUGAGAUGGUUGGGACACGUACUACGUAUGCCUAGUCACCGAUUGCCUCGUCACACAAUGUUGGCUGAGGUGGGUUCAGGCUGGAAAAAGGCCCGAGGUGGCCAGACUAAAACAUGGCACCAAUGUAUGAAGUCUCUGACUGUUGGUUUAAGCCAUGUAGGACGAUGCAGACUAGGUGGUUGGGGUCCACGGGACAAGAGGAACCAGUGGUUGGAGACCCUAGGUGAUAUGGCUCAGAACCGAAGUCAGUGGCGCAGAUGUAUACACACAUUAUCCUCAUCUUAACAACGCUAUACCGAAUCUCACUAUUUUGUCACUCCUCUUUCCUUUCUUCUCGUACUUUAUAUUUCUUUUGACUGCAUUCACUUAUCUUCAUCCUUCACCUCACUACCUUUUUACUUGAUGUGCUGAUAUGAGGUGUGGCAACUCGGACCGUUACGCAGUAAUGCCUGGUCCUAUGUUGAUAAUGAUGAUGAUGAUGAUGGUGUGACCCAUAAAAUGUUCACUGUCACCGUUCCCAUUUAACUUCGUCACAGACGUACUAAAGGAGCUAAUGGUGCUUCUCACUUCACUGGAAUUGACCUACUCCAUCAAGGUAACCUAGUUGACUUCGAGUACGUAGACGAUAUUAUCCUGCUACAUGAAGGUGCUGACAAAAUACAGCGUCCUCUGAACGCGUUGAGCAGAAGCCUGAGUAUGUUUGGCAUGUGUUUUAUCGGCAACUGUGAAAUGUAAGAUGAUGUUCCAGGACUGGUUUGUUGCAAGUACUUCCACUUUAAAGGUAGGGAAUGAAUUGGUGGAAUGUGGCAACCACUCCACUUACUUGGGAAGUCGCAUCAGUUCGAGCUAGUUGCUGAUGAAAUCUCAGCCCAGAUAUGGAAGGCCUGUUUGACAUUUGCCAACUUGUCUCAUCUGUGGCACCGAUUGGCGGUAUAUCCGACUACCUAUCAAACGAUGAGGAUGCUGCACUGCAGUCCGCCCUGUUCAGUUAUAUGGCUGUGAGACAUGGCUAGUAAAUGUAGAAGAUAUCAAGAAAUUACAGGGUUUUGAUCACAGGUGUCUUCGUACCUUCGCUCACGUUGGGUGUAAGCAAUGCUGAGGUCAGGCGAUGUGCACUAGUCAAGAGAGGCAAGUCAACCGAUGAGGUGAAGCUUGGUCGACUGAGAUAGCUUGGACAUGUACUGUGCAUGCCAAUCCAACCCCUACUUGGAUGUGCCAUGAUUGGGGAAUCUGGGUUAGGCUAGAAGAGAGUUGCGGAUGACCAGACCAAGGCGAGACACCAGGUGAUAUAGUUUCUGACUCUUGGUUUGAGUCAUGUGUGGAGAUGUAGACUACCUGGGUCCUCUAGAAGAAAGGAACCAGUGACCGAUUGCUCUUGGUAUAAAGACUGGAAAUCGGUCACAGUGGUGCGGAUAUAUUCACUCUUUGAUGUCUUCUAAAACUUGAAUAUUCUCGCUAACUUUUGUCUUCAAAUUUUUAAUUCUCUAACACACCUUUUUCUAUUUUCUUAUCAAUCUUUUUCAAUCCACUUAUUUUUUGUGUACUACUGUGAAGUGUAGGAGCUUAAGCCGGCACACUUGUGUACUAUGUUCUACGUUGGUUCUCUCUUUAUGUCUUUGUUUAGUAUUCCGGAUAAGAGAAAUAACUGAGUUCUGCGAAGUGAAGUGCAGAUACUUUCACUUUAUUCGGCCGUUUUUCGCCCCCUCCUAUUUUUUUCACAUUGAUUGCUUUUCCGUUUCAUUAGUAUCCUCUGGACUUUUAAAAUAUGUUAUUAUGUUUUCCAUUUAUCGGAUUCUCCACCUAUCCAGUCCAUUCUUGUUGGUUGUAGUUUACUUUCUGUUGUAACAAAGUUGUCUUCCUGUAUUUUAUUGUCGUAUGGUUACUAACCUGUCCAUAAAAUAUUCCUGAAGUUAUUUUAUUGGUAUGUGGCUUUCUGUAUCCAUAUUUUUCAAACAAAAAGGGUUAAAUGUUUGUUGGUUUCACUGUUUAUCCUAAACUAACUUCCCAUUAAUAAAUGAAACAACUUCAGAUGGUUAAUCUGCCUCAAACACACUGUGCUAUUAUUGAACUGUUGGAACUAAUGCGAUGUGAUAACUGUGCAGCGACUCUUCAUCAGCCAUUUACAACUGGAGUGUGUGAACACUUACUUUGUUCCUCAUGUAUACCAGGCCGAAGUAAUGGAAAGGUUGCAAGCUGCUGUCCAGUUUGCUCAGUCCCUGUCCAUCCACGUGAUUGUCAAGUUCAUCCACAGUUUACGUCACUAGUUUUAGUCGCCCGUCGUUUAAAACGACUGACAGUGAACGUAUCUCAAGAGAAAACAAAAGUUUCUCGUGAUCCCUUAACUGAAAAUGGCAAUGUUAAUUGUAGUCUUAAUAAAAAUGACAGAGGGCUACCGCAAGUUGUACUCAAAAGGGCAUAUACUUCAUCGAGAAAACAGAUGAUGUCCGAAGAUAAUGGUUCUAACAGAUCAGUCAGUGUAACAUAUAAGCGUGGCUAUUCUUCAGCCAGUGAUGCAAGUGCCUCUUUACCAGUUUUUACUAAUACCUCUUCAUCUAAUCUCGGUUCAACCGUCAGCAGCUCUAGUGUUAUCUAUAAACCUCACUAUGAUCCAAAAGAGGUGAAAGCUAAAAAACAACGAUUAAACAAAGUCACCAAAUUACCUGCCUAUCCAACCAAUCAUAAUCAAACAGUUUCAUUGAAUUCUGUCAAAGUGAGCAAAUUGCCUGGUUCUCCAGUUAUCAAAUCGAUUGAAUCAUAUCCAAACGAAUAUGUUACAAUCGACACUGAAGACGUCAAAUAUAAUUCUGUAUCAAGUGUUUGUAGAAACAGAAGAGCACUAAAACCAGUAAGAAAUAACUCCUUAUCAACUGCUGUUCCAGUCGCUUCACCUGAACCAUCUCGCCUGACGGACCAAUCUGUCUUGUCUCCAUCCAACUCUACUCCGGUUACGACUUCUGUAUUUCUCACACCUAUUAAGCUACCCUUGGCUAAUGUAUCUAAGACACCACAUCGAAAGAGUGGGAACAGUUCAAAGAAAGGAUGCAAGAAGACUCGAGAGAAUGUCAGAAAAGCUGCUCCUAUUCAAGAUCGUAAGUCAUCUGGAUUUCUAAACUUACUGCAAAAACUGAGACCAAAUAGCAAAGGUGAAAGUCAGCUGCAUAGGGCAGCAAUUCGUGGUGAUCUUAGUCAAGCAGAAGAGCUACUUUCUGCUGGGUUGUCACCAGAUGUUCGGGAUCAUGCUGGUUGGACACCACUUCAUGAAGCUGCAUUACGUGGACACUGUGAAGUCGCUAAGGCUCUUAUCAAAGCUGGAGCUACCGUUGACAUCCCUGGUGGUCCAGAUUUAGAGACACCUUUACAUGAAGCAAUACAAAAUGGACAAGCUACUUUCUGUCAGCUGUUACUUGACCAUGGUGCCAAUCCUAUGUUUCCAAAUAAUAAUGGAAUAACACCAGUGCAACUUGUAGACACUACCAUAUGCCAUUUAAAGGAGUUACAAAAUUCAGAUCCUAAGUCGUCAAAAUAUAAUACCAUUCUCAACACAUUAUCCGAUAUUAGGGAGAUGUUUAAUAAAUCAUCGUUAUCGUUGACUAUGUCAAAUAAGAAUUACAUCACCGACAAUCCAACUUUAAAUACUUUGUCAGUUUCUUCCGCAACUACUUUCGUGGAAAGGCGACGUCUGCGACCAAUUCUUUUGGGUACCGGUCUAACUAGAAUUCAACAGUCGCUGUUCACGCGUGUUGCAAACAUGAUACAUGCACGUGUAGUUUCCUCUAUUUCCCCUGAAGUUACGCAUGUAAUAACUGGUGCACUUCAAGAAUUAUCUAUGGAUGCAGUUCCAACUGAGUCAAAAGAUGAUGUAAAGAAGAAUAAAAAAUCUAAAAGAAAUCCUCGUUCAUUGAAAGGUGUUGAUGAAACAACCAUUUCUAGUGGACAGGCUACUUGUCCGCGUACUCUAAAAUUCCUAAGUGCUGUUUUACAGGGAUGCUGGAUCUUAUCAUUUGAUUGGAUUGAGACAUGUGCUCAUAUAAAGAUGCGCGUGGAAGAAGAAGGUUUCGAAGUAACUGGCUGUAGCACUGCUCCUAUGUCUGGUGCACCUCGUCGUGCACGUCUUUCUCGUGAGGCGGGUUCCUUGGGUUUACUUCAUGGUUUGAGAAUUUGUUUCCUGGGGAAUUUUCUGUAUCCUGUACCGUCGAGAGAUGAGCUUACUCGAUUAGCGCGAUCUGGUGGAGCAAGUAUAGUUUUUAGUCGUGAAUUAUGCUCACCGAUUCGACUUGCUAGAUAUGCUGUGGAAUCUGCAAAUAAUUCAUCAAUUUGGGAUUUGAAUACAGAGAAGAUUAACUCAGGGGAGGGGAACAAAGAAUUUGUUGAUGAUGCAGAUGAGAAUAUUUCAUUUAUAGAUGACAAUACCCUGGUUGACUCGAAUUGUCCGUCUUCUUUGCUUGUCUUAUAUGAUCCUGGUGUUUACAAUAAAUCUACAAAUGAAUCAUCUACCAAGCCCUUAUACGUUGCGGAAACAGUGUCCAAAGCGCUUAACCUAAUAAAACCAAAGAAGUCAGCAAACUCACUGAAUUCACUAUCUACUGACUUGCCACCUCUUCGACUCGUGCCAUGCACUUGGCUUUUGGAUUGUGCUGCAGAAUAUCGCCUACUCCCCUUUCCAGCUAUCAGUUGAUGAGUCUGUAAAUUUCUGCUCCCUGUCAUUAGUGAAUAUGCAACACUAUUCCUUAUCUAAAUUGAUCUUACUUUCUUGCUGAUUACUUUAAAUAAUUCAAAUGGAUUUUAACCUUUAUUUUGGAAAUAUUUAUUCUUUUCUUAUUCAUUGAAAAUUUUUACUGAAGCCUAUCACAAGCAAAUAAAAAGUGUCUGUGUUUAACUUUGUUUAUCGGUUCAUCUUGAAAAACAACAAGAAAGUUUAUCCCUAAAGUAACCGCUGUAUAUUUCAAGUAUAUGAGUGCCAGGUUCCAGCUUCAAUAAUAAUAAUCACUUUAUUCUAGAUAAUAUGUUUGGUACUGUUAUGAGAUUCUUAUGUAAUACUGGAACAAAUGUACUCCCUGCACUAUAUUUUAAACGAAAUAACUUUGACAUCUCAGUAAUGUGUGUAUAAGAACAGUAUUUUAGACAAUAAUAUGAAACAACCAACUGUUUUUAGAUUAUCGUUUUGUCUGAUAGGAGGAAUGUGAAUAGAAAAGUAUGGCGAAUUCUGGUGGUGAAUAGUUCAUCCCGUCAGUGUGAAGAUCUUCAGUUCAAACUAACUGUUUUAGAAAUAGCUGCGUGAUAUAUUAGU